AUGAGUGUAAAAAAACAAGUUAAUCUGAAGCGUCUUCACGACCAUACCGGCAGAGAGGCUGAGCAAACAAGACAGAGGAAGAGGGAGAGACAGAGAACUAGAUUCAUCCAGAAUCCAUACCAGUUCUUGGAAGACAUUCUUGACAAGGAAAGAUCAGGAACAGUAGAGAGCAGUAUGGAGGACAUAGAGCAGCACUUACGCAAUGUUAACAGUGAUCCUUCACGUGAGGUUCCACUGGGUGACUGUUCAAGGCUAGAAUCAGAAGACCUGCCAGAAACUCAUUUGGACACAAAGGAGCCUUCAUUGUCUGAGGUACAGCACUUGGUGAAGAAAGCUCGGACAGGCUCAGCCCCAGGCCCGAAUGGCAUUCCUUUUCGAGUCUAUAAGAUGUGCCCAGGCGUACUUCAGAAACUAUGGUCCCUACUUAAAGUGAUUUGGAGAAAGGGCAAAAUCCCGGAUUGCUGGAAGAGAGCGGAGAGAAUAUUCACCCCAAAGGAGAAGGACUCAAAGGAUAUUGGUCAGUUCCGGACCAUUUCUCUCCUCAACGUAGAGGGAAAGAUAUUCUUUGAAGUCCUAGCCAAGCGACUGACAAUGUUUCUUACAGACAACAACUACGUUGAUACGUCAAUUCAGAAGGGUGGAGUUCCUGGAUUUUCUGGAGGCAUUAAGCUACAGUUUGCUGUGGGAGACCAGACAACAGCAUGGCAAAGCUUGGAGAAAGGCAUUGUCACAGGAUGCACAAUCUCUGUGGUCCUGUUUGUGAUGGGUAUGAACCUCAUCAUCAAUGCAGCGAAGAGAGAGACACGUGGUCCAAAAGCAGCAACAGGAAUCUACCUACCUCCAGUUAAGGGAUUCAUGGAUAACCGCACUCUGACAGGGAAGACCCAUAUUCAAGCAAGAUGGGAAGAACAUCAAGCGCAUCAAGAACCAGCUCCUGACCAGCUCACUGAAGGUCUGAAGCAGAUUGACAGAAGCGGACUACCUGACGAAUUCAAGGCCUGGUUAUUCCAGAAUGGACUUCUCCCACGACUGAUGUGGCCACUGAUGCUUUAUGAGGAGUACAAGGUGGCCAAGGCUAGACUGGUCAUGACGCUGAAGGAUUCAAGGGAUGACAUGGUCGGAAGAGCAGAUGUUGAGACUAAGACUGGAAAAAGUGGUCUGCUAGCCAGGCUUGGGAACACAAGGUCUGGCUCUGCGGAGUCGAAGAAGGCUGACAGUAGAACAAGGAGGGAGAUGAUCCAAGCAGAGGUGUGUCUGGCUGAAGAAGAAGAUCGAGGCACAAGGGCAGUGGCAAUGGGUUGCCAGGGUGCUUGGACUAAGUGGCAGACUAAAGGAAAAAAGAUGACCUGGGCGAAUAUCUGGCGCAGCGAACCUCUACGCAUUAUUUUCCAGCUCAGGUCAGCCUACUACCUGCUACCUUCACCAGCAAACCUGCACAGAUGGGGAAAAUUUGACGACCCAACCUGCCCACUUUGUGGAAAGAUAGUCAUGCUAGAACAUACACUAUCAUCUUGCCAGACAGCCCUUACACAAGGAAAAUACAGGUGGAGACACAACAAGGUCCUCCAAUAA